AUGCCGCCGAAGAAAACUAAGAAGGUAACCGAGAAGCCAAUAUUCCAGGGCUGCGUCAUCGUCCGGGCCGGCGAUCUAGGCAAACACGACUGGACCGACGACCAGGUCGGGAACUGGAUCACCAUACGGAGCGGCGUGUACCUGGGCUCCUUGGACCAGCUCGCGCUCAGCAGUAGCGAUGACGGGGAGCGCGGGUUCACCCAUGUCCUUGCCAAUACGGCCCAGUACAAGGACAUGACGACGAAGCGGAAGCAAAAUUUAAUCCAAAAAGGAGUGCAGGUGGUGACGUGUGACUGGCUGGAGGACAGCAUUCACCAGAAAAGAAAGCUGAAGGAGAACGGGUACAGGCUCGAUAAGAUCUGGCAGAAGGAGAGGAAGAAACAAACUGCGAAGAUCGAGAUGGAGGAAAAGGCGGCUAAGGGACUCGCAGAGGUCGAAAGAGGUGGUGUGAACACAAGUGCUGCCCCGGCGCGCGUAGAUCUAAACCACGUCUACAUGGACACGACGUGCUUCUCACACGAUAUCAUCCUCACUCGCAAUGAUCCAGACACCGGCAUGGUUGCAGAGAAGUGGCGGCUUCGCUUGUGGGAGUCCAACGCCAAGCCCUAUCUAUACCACUGCACGGCGACGUUCAACAAGCGCGCUGGCCACACAAGAGUCAUCCGGCCCUCCAACUUCGAGACCCCGGGCCUGUUUGAGCGCGAGUUCGCCGUGUUCAAAGAGUUCUUCGAGAAGAAGACUGGAAUUCCCUGGAGGGAACGCAUCACGAGGGCCGCUGAGAACAAAGGUAGCUGUGAGAAAUUCCACUAUGAGCCGCCAGUGGGAGGUAAACCAAUCGGCAUCAUCGAAACAGAAAAUCAGGACAAAGCCUAUAGAAGGAACACCGAGGGAGAGGCUCGCAGGAAGGCAAUCGAUGACGCCCAGUUCUGGAAACUCCUGGAAAAAGACAGGGAAAGGUUCGAGACAACAGAGCGAGAACGCCUCACAGACGAUGUCGACGCAAAGAGCAACCAACCAACAGGUGAUUCGAGUGAGGCCAAAUCACCCAGGCCACAAGCUUCGAAGCGCAAACGCGAGGACGAAGGAGAGGGCACUGACCGCAGGCCGUACGAAGAAGCGCAACGGCGCAAAACUGAGAAUGAGCCCGAGUCAGUUGAAGGGAAUACACAGCCGUCCUUAGAUUCUAGCGUUGUAGCCUACUUGGCGCAACUGAACAAGCAGCAAACAGCUAUCGACCUUACUUCUCAGGUACAAGCCGAACCUGCUCUCGGAAAGAGCACUCCAGGAACCCCGCCGACAGAAGGCCAAGAGGAGGACCCCAGGGACAACAUGGAAGUGGAUAGUGCUGCUGUGCAAAAGGACGACCAUGAACCACAACCUAUCGGAAGUCAAGAUAAAAGUCCAGAUGAUACUCAGGAGGGCAACCACAAAAGUCGUCAGGUCGAAAAGCUUGAUCUUCCUGGUAGCGACAAUAAUUGGGCGUCGCUACGGUGCGAUGCACGCUGUGGUUCUGACGACAACUUCACGACCGUCAACCAACAAGAAAAUGCCAGGAUCCAGAUCACCAUUGAUACCGAAAGCGCCGCAAAUACACCCAUAAUCAUCUCUGAUGACGAGGAUGAGAUCGUUGGCCCAGUUCAUCACAAUACCAAAGAGGCGCUGAGAGAGGCGGGAGACGAAGCUGGCGAAGUCACUGAAUCCAAGGCACGGUCGAUAGUAAGGCCGGAGACACCUCAGCUUGUUUCUCACCACAAUGAGUUGCAAGCCCAGUUCACAGUCAACGCUGCCGGUCAAUACAUCUUCUCUGGCUCAUGA